AACUAAGAGUGCGCAGGCGGAACCACAGUGUGGAGGGCGGCAAAGAGGAGGGAAAUUUAAAAAGUCCGGACUGUCUCUUGGUGACAGGACAGCUGGAGUCAGUUAGCUGGUGUCUUACAAGUCAUUUUAACUUAUGAAAGUAGCCUGGGAUCGUUAAAGACAGACGCAUGAUUAGUUUGGAAGCACUCAUCAUUCGCUGUGGGGCAAAAUGGAGACGUACCACGAUCAGAUUUUAGACUCACCUUCCAAGAACAGUUACAUUGGAAGCUACUACCAGCCACCAGACAGGAUAGUGAAACCUUCACGAGAGCCGGAGCCCCAUGCACACUCGUCUUUCAGCAUGGGCACACACAUGGCCAGCAGCUCAGUUUCCCAGAGCAGACCAAAUAUUGAUAGCAAAGCCGUGGUUGAUGCACUGAAGACCCUUCAGGAGAAAAUUAGGCGGCUGGAGCUGGAAAGGAUGCAAGCAGAGCAGAGCUACCAGCAGUUCUCCCAUGAUGCUCAAAAGCAUCCGCAAGUUACAACAUUGUACAGUCAGACAGCAGACAGCCUGCCUGGGACGGAUAACUCUGCCAGGAGAGAACUGGACUCAAAACUGCAGUCUGCAGAAGCUCGCUGUAAGGUUCUCGAGAAGCAGCUGGACUACAUGAGGAAAAUGGUUGAAAAUGCCAAAAAAGAGAGGAGCGCUCUAAUGGAAAAUCAGGCUUCUCUGCAGAGCGAGCAAAAGAGCAGCUCAAACAGCCAAAUUCAGCGAGAGAAGCUGGAAAAACUCGAGUCAGAGUGUCUCAAACUGAGCAGAACCCAAACUCUGGCAGAGAUGAAGCUUUCCAUCCUGGAGCAGAAACUGCUGAAAGAAGAGCACGAGCGUAAACUCGUGCAGGAGAAGGCGGAGGAGCUGCAACGAGAGUUUGAUGUCAGCCUUCGACCAUCUCUGCCAACUUCUGAAGAGACAAAGCCAAAGAAGAAAACAAAAAAGAGCGUAAGGAAAACCUCUAAACCUGCCGAACUGCUACCAAAGAGCCCGAUGCACAAGAAAAUGCCCUUUGUUGCAGGAACAUCGACGAGCCCAAGCCAUUCGGUUCAUGCCAACGUGCAAAGUAUCCUUCACAUGAUGAAGCACCACCAGCCACAGCUGUGCCAGCGAGUGAGUGCACUCCACAGGUCUGGCUGCGGAGUGAAGAAAAACCUUCAAAAGGACUUUUCUUCAUCUUCCUCUGAUUCGUCAGAGAAGCCUAACAGGCUGCACGUUGACCCAUCGCUAAGCUCACUCGCCGACCUGCUCCUUGCUCUGCAGGAUGAGCUGGGACAGAUGAGCUUUGAGCAUCAGGAGUUGGUGCGUCAGAUCGACGGAGCUCAAAAUCCGGAGCAGAGGCAGGACCUCCAGAGAGAAUUGGAGCUGCUGGUCACCAGGAUGGAGGAUAAAGGAUCUCAGAUCACCAAGCUCCGCAAACACCAGAGGAUGAUCCAAAAACUGGCCCAGUGCCGAUCAUCUCCUGAGGAGCACACAGCCAAAAAGCUGAGUGGGAUCAAGCCACCUGCUCCUUCUCCCGUUAAGACUGAAAAGAAGGGAAGGACAGAUAGGACUACUCAAAAAAACCUGCAGCUUCUCAGAGAGACACAGAAGUUCAGAAACGGCCUCAAACAGGACGACCUCUCCUGGGAAACGUGAUUUUUCUCAGUGAGACCUUCGGCGUGCAGGCCUGGAUGUUACAGCUGGAUGAAAACUGGUUAUGUGUGGGGGGGUUUUGUUUGUUUGUUUUUUCUCUGCUCUUCAGAUGACCUCUGGACAUUUUUAGUAACACAUUGGAGAGGAAAUAAGGCAUUCUACACAGUGCUUAUUAAAUAAAGUAUUGCAUAUACACUGUC